AUGGAUGCCUUUGACAAUUCAUCAUCCAAGCCGCAGCACCUUCAAACAGCAAAUGCAACAUCCCCACCAGUUCUAGACAUCCCCUACUUCCUGAGUGAGAGCCUGACUGCUUUGUUCUCUGUCGUGGGUAACCUUUUAAUCUGCACUGUCAUCUUGCGGAGCAGGAAGUUGCGUGCCGUCGUCACCAACUACUUCCUGGUUUCGUUGGCCGUGGCAGACAUCUUGGUCGGGGCGGUGGCUAUCCCAUGUGCCCAGUUUACUGACAUGGGUUUGCCACGAUACAGGCCGCAGUUGUGCCUCUUGAUGCUGUGCACGUUGCUGGUGUUCACACAAGCGUCGGUGUUUGGGCUGUUGGCCAUCGCUGUGGAGAGGUACAUCUCCAUCUUGAAGCCUUUCCAGUAUCAAUCCUUGAUGAGUCCUCGCAAUUCCCUCUUGGUUAUCUUGGCUUCCUGGGUGCUGGCCAUUUUGAUUGGCCUUUUGCCCAUGAUGGGCUGGCACGACCCCUUGCCAGCCAAUGGGGAAUGCCAAUUCAACAGCAUCAUCACAGACACUUACAUGGUCUAUUUCAACUUCAUGGCCUGCAUGUUGGCGCCUCUCUUGGUCAUGAUGGUGCUGUACGGACGCAUCUUCCUGGAAGUCAAGCGCCAGAUCCGGAAGGUAGCCGAGGGGGAGGUCGAGAUCAGUGCUCGAGAGAGGCGCCGGAUCAUUGUCCGCAAAGAGCUGCAGACAGCCACCUCGCUCUUCAUCAUCCUCUUUUUCUUCACCGCCUGCUGGCUCCCAGUCCACAUUCUCAACACAGUCAUGCUUCUCUGCCCCACCUGUUACAUCCCAAACCAGCUCGUCCUGGCAACCAUCAUCCUCUCCCAUGCCAACUCCGCCAUCAACCCAGUGGUAUACGUCUUCCGCAUAAGAUCCUUCCGGAAGGCCUUUGAGGUAGCCUUUUCUGGCCUCUGCACCUACCCUGCCGCAGGAGUCUUCUCUGGGUCCAGAGUAACACCAACCAAUGUAUCAGAUGUGCCACUUCGGAAUAUGUCUCUGCCUGGGAAGUGA